CACGUAGGGAGGCAUUUGCAAGAUUCCGCACUCGGUACAAGGACGGCACUGCCUUUAUACCUGGCAGGGCUGAUUGGUAUCAGGUGUUGUCGUUGUGCUCGCAGGUGUGGGCGUGACAAGAGUAAAAACUAUAAUAUUAGUUCUUUACCCUGCUGUAUUUAUACCUGCAGUUUUCAAAUUCCCGAGUUCUUCACCAUCUGCGUUGAGCUCGAAAUAUCCGCAUUUCUUCUCCUUUAAUAUUACCAUUAAAUCCUGUUUUAGUUUACUCAUACAGAGAGAGAUGGGUCAUCCCAUUUUUAUUAUUUGAAAUAAAAUACUAAGGAAAAGGUAUAUCCCCUGUUUCACGUAGCUUCUCCCAGGGGCAAUGAGAGCUUAAGGCCUAGAGUUUUUUGUGUUGUAAUGAAAAAAGUAACACCUGAUGCAAUACGAGUUAUGGAUGAAUGCUGUCGUAGAGAGACCCUUAAUUUAGAGAUUAGACAGGAAAGACGGAGUGUAUUAUAUUCCAUGAAGCCACAGGAAGGUGGAUGUUAGAUUAGAAAUUAUUUUAAUUUCUGUUUCAGCCUUCUGCCACCUCAGAGCCGUCCGGACACCAAAGACCAGUGAUCACUGGGAGGAGUAGGACACAAGAACACGCAGAGUGUUUCGUUCCAAAUCCUCCUCAAGUUUAUUGUAUGUUCACAAAGAUUAUAUACUAUUUUGCAGAACAAAGAAAUAAGUUCUCAUUGGUUUAGAAAGUGACUAGAAGUCUAGGGACAAGACUAUGAAAGGUAAUAUUAAACAGCAUAACACUGUCAUUGGUUAUACAUAUAGGGAGGAUAUGCGAUAUUUCAGUCGCCUUCGUUUGCCCUUGAGCAUAGACAAAGAGAGAAAAGUUAAAACAAGAACUUCAUUCUUGCACGCACAUUCUUCACAGGUCUCACACACACACACACACACACACACACACACACACACACCCCCACACCCACCCACACCAGAAGAACAGGGAGGACAGAGAGAUAGAGGUGGAGAAAAGACACGAGAGCCAUUUAUUUCUCACAGUGGAGUAUUGAGAGCAGGGAAGGAAGCAGAUUUCCAGAAGGGUGCUUUGCUCCAGUAUCAAGAUGUGGAGGAGACAGAAGACAGCGGCUGUGAGACUGUGAAGGCUGAGCAGGGUGUUCGAGGUAGGGUCCGUGGGGACCUGGGCUGGGAAAUUAGCCUGCGUCAGCGGCCUGUGCCCAGGGUCACCUUCCAGGCCGGUGACCCAUACUACAUCAGCAAGAGGACGAGGGACGAGUGGCUUGCAAGAUGGAAGAUGGAGGCCGAGAAGAAGGCCAGACUGGCUUCUGCGAUGGACACAACAGACGAGUCCGAAUGUUUGAAACUUCAAAAGGAGGAGGAGACUGUAAUCCCCAGUACCCCACCUCCUCAGCAGCAGCAGCAGCCUACAGACCCAGCAUCCCCCACUGUGGCUACGACCCCGGAACCAAUCCCGGCUGGAGGUGGAGACAAGGCCGCGACCCAGGCAGCCGACAUGGACCCAGAAUAUGAGGAUGGUCGAGGCUUCGGGAUUGGGGAGCUGGUGUGGGGCAAGCUGCGGGGAUUCUCCUGGUGGCCCGGCCGCAUUGUGUCCUGGUGGAUGACCGGCCGGAGCCGAGCGGCCGAAGGGACCCGAUGGGUCAUGUGGUUUGGCGACGGUAAAUUCUCAGUGGUAUGUGUGGAGAAACUGAUGCCUUUAAGUUCCUUUUCCAAUGCCUUUCACCAGCCAACCUAUAACAAGCAGCCCAUGUACAAAAAAGCAAUCUACGAGGUGCUACAGGUAGCCAGCAGCCGAGCUGGCAAGAUCUUCCGUGCUUGUCCAGACCGCGAUGACACGGACACUUCCAAAUCAGUGGACAUGCAGAACAAGCAGAUGAUCGAGUGGGCAAUGGCUAGCUUCCCACCUACCGGGCCCAAAGGCCUGGAGCCCCCAGAAGAGGAGCGAAAUCCAUACAAGGAGGUGUACCCGGAGGCGUGGAUGGAGCCUGAGGCGGCAGCGUACACAUCACCUCCACCUGCCAAAAAGCCCCGAAAGAGUGCGGCAGAAAAGCCGAGGUUUAAAGAGAUAAUCGACGAGAGGACUCGAGAGAGACUUGUUUAUGACGUGAGACAAAAAUGCAGAAACAUAGAAGAUAUCUGCAUCUCCUGCGGAAGUCUGAAUGUUUCCCUGGAGCACCCUCUCUUUUCCGGAGGCAUGUGCCAAAGCUGCAAGGACUGCUUCCUGGAAUGUGCCUACCAGUAUGAUGAUGACGGCUAUCAGUCCUACUGCACCAUUUGCUGCGGUGGACGUGAGGUGCUCAUGUGUGGGAACAACAACUGCUGCCGGUGCUUCUGUGUGGAGUGCGUGGACCUCCUGGUGGGCCCAGGAGCGGCGCAGGCCGCCAUCAAGGAGGACCCCUGGAACUGCUACAUGUGUGGCCAGCAGGGCGUCUUUGGCCUCCUGGAACGUCGCUCCGACUGGCCCAGCCGCCUGCAGCACUUCUUCGCCAACAACCAUGACCAGGAUUUUGACCCACCGAAGCUUUACCCACCUGUCCUUGCAGAGAAGAGGAAGCCCAUACGUGUCCUGUCACUCUUUGAUGGUAUUGCUACAGGCCUGCUGGUUCUGAAGGAGCUGGGAAUACAAGUGGAGUGCUACAUCGCCUCAGAGGUCUGCGAGGACUCCAUCACUGUGGGCAUCGUGCGCCACCAGGGCCGCAUCAUGUACGUGGGGGACGUGCGGAACGUGACACGCAAACAUAUUCUCGAGUGGGGUCCUUUCGACCUGGUCAUCGGAGGAAGCCCGUGCAACGACCUCUCCAUCGUAAACCCAGCAAGAAAGGGCCUUUUUGAGGGGACCGGGCGUCUCUUCUUUGAGUUCUACCGUCUCCUGCAUGAGGCGCGCCCCAAAGAGGGAGAUGACCGCCCCUUCUUCUGGCUCUUCGAGAACGUCGUGGCCAUGGGCGUCAGCGACAAGAGGGACAUCUCCCGCUUUCUGGAGUGCAACCCUGUGAUGAUCGAUGCCAAGGAAGUGUCGGCUGCCCACCGAGCACGUUAUUUCUGGGGUAACCUCCCCGGGAUGAACAGACCACUGACAGCAACAAGCACCGACAAGCUGGACCUUCAGGACUGCCUGGAGCAUGGCAGGACAGCCAAGUUUGACAAAGUGAGGACCAUCACCACCCGGUCAAAUUCCAUCAAGCAAGGCAAAGACCAGCACUUCCCUGUCUACAUGAACGAUAAAGAGGACAUUCUAUGGUGCACUGAAAUGGAGAGGGUCUUUGGCUUCCCUGUCCAUUACACAGACGUGUCCAACAUGAGUCGGCUCGCCAGGCAGAGACUUCUGGGACGCUCAUGGAGCGUCCCGGUCAUCCGCCACCUCUUCGCCCCACUAAAAGAUUACUUUGCCUGCAUUUAGACUGCCAUUCGGAGAACGUGAACAACAGGAGCUGAAAAUUAACGAAACACAGAAAAAUGUACUCUUUGCAUUUACAGUUUUAAAAGCAAGAUUGUUUUUUUUUUUUACAUUACUUCUUGUAUUUGAAAUUCCAUUAUUUUGUAUUAUUUAAUUUUAUAACGCCAUUUUACCUUUUAGCCUUGUUACCCAAUAUUAUCUGAGACUGAUUAUGUGUGUAAGCUGUAUGUGAGGUGAAACUUUAUUUUUACGGCACUAAUAUAAAGGAUAAAGUCCGAUUAUAUAACAUGUUUAAAAUAAUGUCCAUCCAUAUCCUGUAUGGUGCUCCUAGUGGGUAGAGUUCUGCUACACAAAUAAGCUCAAAAAAUGUCAGUACACUGUGAUUUGAAGGGAGGUCCUGUUCCUUAGGGUCCUUUGAUUGACUUCCUCUGAAAUUUUCCCAAAACCAAAAGGUUUUAGAGAGGAAAAAUCAACAAACUGAAUUUGUGAUUCUUAAAUAGAAGAAAAGCAAAAAUAAAACAUAUCGAGGUAAAUUGUAAAUAAAAUAUAC